AUGGGAGCGAAUGAAAGCAGGGGAGGCUCUGGCUCUGGGAACAAUGAUGAGGACGGUGAUGGCUCUAGGAGGAAGAGGAACACCGGUGCAAUUGUAGCAGCUAGCGCUGGCGCUGUUGCAGGAGCUCUGCUGGCCUAUGGUUUAUCCAGAAAGGUUUCAGGUUCAGGUUCAGGUUCAGAAUCACAAUUAGAGCAGGAGGAGGAGGAGGAGAAGCCGGGCAGAGGAGGUGUCCUAAUUUCAAGUGCUGGUCUUGACCCCAAAAAAAAGGUGCCAACUAUGCUGGCGUGGAAGCCUCCCCCUCCCUUUACCAUGAAGUUGAAUGUUGAUGGGUCUAGAAAGGAUUCUAGUGAUGCUAGUGAUGCUAUUGCUGCUGGGUCUUAUUCGAAACUCUGCUGGUGA